CCACUCGCGCUCUCGGCUCCCCGGGCAGGCCACCAUGAUCCCCUCGCGAGGGGGCUCCAUGCCGCCGCCCCCCAACGCCACCGCCUAUUUCCCCCCGCCUCGCGUCACCCUCCCGUCCGGCUUGGAGAUCCUGCGCACCUACUCGGGGGCCUUCAUCUGCCUGGAGAUCCUACUUGGAGCACUUGUCUGGAUUUUAGUUGCUGCUUCCAAAAUCCCUUUGCCACUCCUGCAAGGCUGGGUGAUGUUUGUGUCCGUGACCGCCUGCUUCAGCUCCCUGGGUUUCCUCUCGGUGUUUCUCUUCAGCUACAGAGAGAGAAUUGCAAUUGACUGGAACCGUUUGGAUUUCCUGUACCACGCAGCCGUUUUUGUCUGUUAUUUCGGGACGUUUUUGUUGCAAGCCGCCACGACGUCUUUGCACGGCCAUCCGCUUAAGUUCUAUUUCGACAUCCAACGCAACACUACCAUCCAUCAGACACUUCUAAACGAGCACGAAUAUAACUUGAGCAUAGCAGCUGCUAUUUUUGCCUUUGUAACCACUGUAUGUUAUGGGUGCAGCACAACCCUGGCUUUGAGAAGAUGGAAACUAUAGUACUGGAAGAGAAGAAUUGUCUCUGUAGCAUCCCGUCAGUUUCGCAUAACGGUGCAGAUGAUCAAAAUGGUUAUACCAUUUGUCCAGCAAAUCAGAGUGGAAUUCCAAAAAAAACAAAAACAAAACGGUGUUUGGAAUAAAUUUAUAUUUUUCUAAAAUGUUGAUAUGCAGAUAAGCCCAUGUCUUGAUUCUAUUUGUCGACAGGCUGGGAGAAUUGUUAUUUAUUUCUCUAGUUUUUUUUCAAUUGCCUAGGUUAUGGAGUGACUUUUGGCCCUGGCUACUGAUAGUAUUAUAAAGCAGAAUGAUAAAGAACAUUGUUGCUAUCAGGCAAUUUUUUUUUUCUUGGUGCUAACCAACUGGUUGGAGGAGGAAAUAAAAACCUUUGCAGAUGUGCUUUGUACCUCGCAGCACAGGAAAAUGCAGAGAGGCAGCUAUAAAGUCAUAAAUCCUGCAGUGCUUGUGGCUAAUAGUUAACUCAGUUUGCGGCCCGUGAAACAUAAGAACAUAAGAAGAGCCAU